AUGAAUCAUCAACAGGAAUCUCAAACCACCCUCGCAAGUAGCAAUGAAUUGCUUUUGCAAACCGCAAGCACAAUGAUUAGUGCAACUCGGCUAGAGUCCUCUUCAAUCCUCACGCCAUCAACAUCAGCCCAACUUGGAAAUAUGAGUAACAACAUCCCAAUUAUGCAGCAAAAGACUUUGUUCAGAGUACCAAUGGAUAAAUUAUUCUCGAUCCCAUUAGAGUCUCUUGCUCACAAACCUCAACUCUAUCAAUUCAUUAUUGAGCUGCGAUCAAGAUAUGUGCAGCAUUUACUCAGAUCAGUUUCGAGCCCUUCGUUACACGAGCUUAAAAAACAAGAUAAUGAAAUAUUUUGCAAUCAUGUCGAUGAAAUUGUUAAAGAGACAGAAUCACUCGUUGAGGAUAUGAAUUUUGAAGAAUAUUUAGGAGAUUUACGGGAUCAAUCCGAAUCUACCAUCAAUUAUAACCCUCAAGAACGAAGGUAUUACACAACGAUGGGUAGAAUGCAAUUAAUGAACCUAGCAAUGAAAUCUCAACGAACGAUAAAUUCUACAUGUUUUGCUCCUUCUACUCAGGACCAUAGACCUGCAAUCCAAUACAGUGACAUUGAUGAAGAUGACGACGAAUGUGAAGAUUUGGAAGGAGACGAAUACAACGAAGACGAGUUCAACGACGAAGAACUUAUGGAAGACGAUUGUCAACAACACCAACCAAUCAACUUUGAUCAUCUGAACGAGAAUUCCACAAACAGAAAUUUUGAUUUUUCCUCCCCAACUUUUCCCUUCACUAACUCUGUAAAUACUACACCAAACUCCCCAAAACCUUCUCCACAAUACUCUAACACUGCUAAUUCGUCCAACUCAAUCCAAAUUGAUCCAAUCAAGACAGAAGAAAUUUCAAGACAAAUUCAAAAUGCUGAACCAAUUCAAAAUGGGUCUCUUUGCUUUAACCAGCAUCAUCACAUCGUUGUUGGAAAGUAUGACAAAGAUUUACUUGUUAAGGAGAAUAGAUUAAAAUGCUGUGCCAUGAAAAAGAGUACCAUCACGAUUUAUGCAGAGAAGAAGAAUAGCAGAAAUGGGAAAAUUAUGAAACGAGAACGAAAAGCCAAAUCAUUGCUUCGGUUUUAUCGAAUUAAUGUCGAUUUUAAUGUGCUCGUGGACACCUUUUUGCAAAAGCAAUUAUACCAACAACAGCAACCAAACCUCGUUUCAUUGACUUCUUCAAUCACUCAUCCACAACGAAAACACUAA